AUGAAACAAGUGUUGGCACUGAUUUGUCAGACAUACGAGUGGUGUCUCAUAGGACUCAUUGUGGCGGUGAUCGCCUAUUACUACAUUUCGUGGAGGAAUGCCGUCAGCUAUUGGAAGGAUCGACACAUUUGUGGUCCAAAACCCAUCCCUAUAUUCGGAAACCUUUUGAGUUUAUCCCUAAAGCCUCGGCCAUUACUGGAGUUGGAGUGGUAUAAGAAAUACGGCAAAAUUUAUGGUUCAGGAAAGCCUAGGCUAGCAGUGGCCGACCCGGCGCUCAUCAAACAAAUUCUGGUCAAAGAUUUCAAUGCGUUUCGUAACCGAUCCCUAUCUCCCGGGCAGGACGGCCUCAAUUUGACCCGAGCCAGGGAUAACAACUGGAAGCGGGUCCGGGCGAUAGUCAGCCCUACCUUCACGUCCGGAAAGAUGCGCAAAAUGUAUGCUCUGAUCAGCCAUUGUUGCGAAGACUUUCUCAAUACCUUAGAUAACAAUGUGUCGAAUGGUGUGAAUGAGGUCGAGUUGAAGCAACUGAUGGGCGCCUACACUAUGGAUGUGAUCGCCAGCUGUGCCUUCGCUACGAAAAUCAAUUCAUACGCCGAUCCUAACAACCCGUUUACUACCAAUGCCUUAAAUUUCAUCAAUGUUUCCAACCGGACGGGCCGAUUGCUUUUGCCAUCAUUUAUAGUUAACACUAAUCUAUACCAACGUGUCGUUAGCACCGGUAUAACUGAAAAGAAAUUUUUCGCAGAUUUAUCGCGAAGUUUAAUAAGGAAACGACGAAAUCAUAACGAAAAACACAACGAUUUUCUGCAGCUAUUAAUGGAUGUCGAGAGACCUGAUGAAGACAUACGAGAGGCCAGUGAUGCCAAUGAAGCACAUCAUGUGAAUGAGGGUAAGGAUGAGAUAAAAGCCAACGCCGAGGCUUUCAGUAGAGUUUUGGAGAAGAAGUUGACUGAAGACGAGAUAUUAGGGCAAUGUUUCAUAUUCUUCAUCGGCGGUUAUGGAUCUGUUUCAAUGACUCUGUCGUUCUGUACGUAUGAGUUAGCCCUCAAUCCUUCACUUCAGGACAGACUCUAUGAGGAGACGAAAGAGGCGUUCAAUGAAAAGGGAGAAAUGGAUUACGAAUUGCUGUCGAGACUACCAUUCAUUGACGCACUUCUGUCCGAAACUCUUCGCCAUUAUUCUCCUGCACUUCGACUCGAGAGGGAAGCCAUGGAAGACGUCGUGUUAGGCAACACUGGAGUGAAAAUCGAAAAGGGAGUGAUCGUUGACAUCCCUAUCUAUGCUAUACAUCACGACCCCGACCACUUUCCGGAUCCAUUUACCUUCAGCCCGGAUAGAUUUAUGCCGGACAACAGGGAUCACAUCCAACCCUAUACUUUCUACUCUAACCAGGCGCAGUUAUAUUACUAUCCUAUUAUGAAGUAA